UAUAUCACAUUUCCAUCUACGCUAUCAACGCAUCAUCCUGUAGUUUUCAAUCUUUUUUUCCCUCUUGGGGGUUUCCGUUCCAUCAGAUGCUCCCGAACUUCCUAACCUAUUUUUAGGCUCAUGGCCCGAUGCAGAAACUGUUGAGAUUUCGUGAGUAUUCAUCAGAUAUCAAGCUUGUUCCAUCAACAGAGCAGGCAGAGGCAGCAGUAUACUGCGGUUAUUGGUUAAGAGGACGUUGGCGUUGUUGCAUUGUUCUGGCUCUCGUUCUUGCCACUGGUCUCUUCCAGUCGAAGCAAUCCGUUGAAGGUAGAGCAGUACCCAAAUUGCUCGAGUCUUCGAAGGUAAUGAUUCCACAGGGGGGUUCUGCUGACGAAACAAGCAAGAUUGUCUAUGGAAGAGGAGUGAAAGCAAUGAUCGGUUCAAGGCCCCCAAGAUGCCAGAGAAGGUGUGCUUCUUGCGCUCACUGUGAAGCAAUACAGGUUCCUACCAGUCCCCAGUUCAAGAAUGGGAAGCAGCGUACGGUGGUCGCAUCCAUAAGUUCAAUAAUCAGCGACACAUCCAACUACAAACCCAUGAGCUGGAAGUGCAAAUGUGGAGACUUCAUCUAUAAUCCUUGACGUUCAAGAAGAAAUCUGCCAACGGAACCGGUGACGGAUUUUGAUCAUCUAACAAUAACACCAUUUUUCUCUCUUGUUUCAUCAUCUCUCGAGUCCUGAUGCAUGUAAGUUCGAAAGCUUUGCGGUUUUCUAAGGCCUCUGCUAAUGCGAGAUCAAUGCAUAUCAUCUACUAUAAGCAUCCACUUACCGCUGCUUCAUGUACAAAUAUCAUGUAAUCUAACAUGUUGGUAGGGGUUAAGGGAGAGAGUAGUGACGGGGUACUUAUCUUUGUAUGGUCUGCGUAGCCUUUCAGCGUCAUUUUCGAUUCGGGGAAGAAAGGUCUGUAAUGUGUGGUUUGCAGAGAACUGGCAGAAGGCGGCAUGG